AUGGUGUUACCUCAAGAGGAUUUUACUACUUUUGAUCAUGAAGGGUUUGUGAACUCACCUCAAGGUGGAGCUAUGUUCAAAACUGUGACAGAGAGUGCAGGUCCAUCUCAAGGUGGAGUACGCUCACAAUCGGUUGACUUGGAUGAUGAUGAGAUAGGAGGUGAGUCUCCUGGACUUAAGGCUGUUAUUGGGAAUCAGAAUGCUUCUAAAACUCAAGUUGAUCAAGAUAAACCAAAGAGGAUUAUCAAGAAACCAGUUAGAAGGGGCUGUAGCGUUUGCUCUUGCUGCAGCAGGAGUGAUUGA